CCUCUCACCACUCGAUCUUCUCCAGCCUGAGCAGAAGAGUUCUACAUUGUCAUCUUCAACAUGUCCACUUUCUCCAGCCGCAGCUACAUGGCCUCCUCCUCAAUCAGUGGAGGCAGAAGUAUAAGGAGCAGCUCAGGAUCAUUCCUCGGGAGUGGCCGCUCAUCUGGUAGCGUGCAUGGAGGAGCUGGAGGGUAUGGAGUGCGCAUCUCCACCACCAGUUCAUCCUUCGGAGGUGGCUUUAACCUCGCCGACGCUGUUGACAUUUCAGCCAAUGAGAAGCUGACAAUGCAGAACCUGAACGAGCGUCUGGCCGCCUACCUGGAGAAGGUGCGCUCACUGGAGAAGGCCAAUGCUGAGCUGGAACUCAAGAUCCGCCAGUUCCUUGAUGGCAAGGCUUCACCCCAGGCCCGAGACUACUCUGCCUACUUUGCCACCAUCAGUGACCUGCAGGCCAAGAUUCAGGGAGCCAUUUCUACGAAUGGAAGCCUGUACCUCAACAUCGAUAAUGCCAAACUUGCUGCUGAUGACUUCAGAGUAAAGUAUGAGAACGAGCUGGCCAUGAGACAGUCAGUAGAGGCAGACAUCUCCGGGCUGAGGAAGGUUCUUGAUGACCUGACGUUGACCAGAUCAGAUCUGGAGAUGCAGAUUGAGGGUCUGAAAGAUGAGCUGAUCUAUCUGAAGAAAAACCAUGAGGAGGAGCUCCUGUUGGCACGCACUCAGAUGAGUGGGCAGGUGAAUGUGGAGGUAGAUGCCGCACCACAGCAAGACCUGACAGUUGUCUUGGCUGGAAUCCGUGAACAUUACGAAGCUGUGGCCGCUAAGAACCACAAAGAGCUCGAGAGCUGGUUCCAGGCCAAGAGUGAAGCACUAAACCAAGAGGUUGCAGUGAGCACAGAAACACUCCAGACAUCCAAAUCUGAAAUUACAGAAGUCAAGCGAACUCUUCAGAGUCUAGAAAUUGAGCUUCAGUCGCAGAUUAGCAUGAAAGCGUCACUCGAGCAUACUCUAGCUGAGACACAGAAUCGCUAUGCACAUAAGCUCUCCAGCUAUCAGUUUCAGGUGACAAGUAUGGAGGAGCAGCUAGUGCAGCUUCGUGCUGAUCUUGCUCGCCAAGCACAGGAGUAUCAGAUUCUGCUAGACAUCAAGACCAGACUGGAGAUGGAGAUUGCUGAGUACAGGAGACUUCUGGACGGAGAAGCGACCUCCACCACCAUCAGCACUACCUCCAGUAGCUCCACUAAACGGAAGGUUUUGAUUGUCACAGAGGAGAUGGUGGAUGGUAAAGUGGUCAGCUCCUCCACUACUUCUGAGACCAAAACUCUCACCCAAUAAGAAUACUGAGUCUCCAUGCAGCAAGAUGAUGACUUCAAUUCCUGUGACAUGCUCAAUGCUUGCAAAGUGAAAUAAAGUCGAGUCGCAUCA